AUGAUCAUCACAUACAAGAAAUCGUUUGCAUGGGUAAGCAAGGAAAUAGACAGCUGGUGGUCUUAUACCUUUCUUGGAAAAGAGACCAAUGAAAUGAAGAAAAAAGCCGCUGAUUGGAUGGCCUGGUAUGGACAAUAUUAUUAUAUAGGUAUGUAUUUUGCUUGCUUGAUGAACUUGGUACCUUUUAUAAAGUGUCAUAUCUGGGGUAAAUCCAAAGACCCAAUGAACAAUCUGAUGUACCCCUGCUGGACACCCCUGGAUCUUGGGACUUGGUGGGGGUUCGCCUUGACUUACUUGUUCCAGUUCACGUCAAUGUAUAUAUCAUAUUUCACAUUUGGUAACACCUGUUUCUAUUUGACAACGGCAUAUGUUUCAAUAGGAUACCAAGCCCAACUGAUAGGAAUAGCUAUCUUGAGCAUUGAACAGAGAUGUCGCAAAUUGUCAGAAGAGAAUAAAGAUUCAUUGAAGCAGGAAAAAAUAUAUGAAUUUUAUGUAAAACAAGAGAUAACAAGUUGUGUAAAACACUAUCAGCAACUACAGAGAAGUGCAAAAGAAUUGAGUAAUAUUUUUUCAACACUGGCAGUACUAUCUUACAAUAUUGGUAUAGUGGUUUUGAGCAUUUCAGGAAUAAGACUAACAACAGAAACUGAUAAGCUCAUGCUAAUAAACAGUUUCAUGAAUACUUGUGUAACACUUGGCAAUCAAUUCAUCAUUAGUUUUAUUUGUGAACUACUGACAGAAGAGGUGGAAAAACUAAGAAAUAUCAUUUACUACUCUAGUUGGGUUAGUAUGCCUGUUUCAUGCCAGAAAUAUAUAUACACUUUCCUCAUAAUGGUCGACUAUAUGCCUACACCUGUGACUUUGACUGGAUUGAAAACUAAUUAUGAAAACUUCAGCAAGGUGGUCAAUACUUCUUACUGUUAUUUCAGUUUAAUGUUGUCAAUGCGGAGCAAGUAAAAGAAACC